CUUGCCAUGACUACUCCUAAGUGGGAUGCUCGAUUCUCUGGUUCAGUUCCUCAUGAUACAAGCUACUAUACAAAGUGCAUGCUUGGAGGUGUUCUUGCCUGUGGAUUAACCCACACUGCCAUCACUCCUCUGGAUGUCACCAAAUGCAAUAUGCAGGUCGACCCCCAAAAGUACAAGGGAUUGGUCUCUGGUCUUCGUACCAUUGUAGCCGAGGAAGGUGUUACUGCCGUGAUGAAGGGUUGGUUCCCAACCUUGCUUGGCUACUCUGCUCAGGGUAUGUUCAAGUAUGGUCUAUAUGAAAUAUUCAAGGAUCAGUACUCUACAAUGGCUGGUGAAAAGAACGCUCAAGAGUACAAAGGAUUGAUCUGGUGUGCAGCUUCUGCUUCUGCCGAGUUCUUUGCCGAUAUGGCUCUCUGCCCUCUUGAGAUGGUCAAGGUCAAGGUCCAAACCUCUGUCCCAGGCACUUUCCCCACUGGCUUUUUCCCCGCUGUCUCUGCUAUGAGUGCUGCUCGUGCAGAAACCAAGUUCCCCUAUGGCUCGCUUGUUCCCCUCUGGUCUCGUCAGAUUCCCUAUACUGUUGCCAAGUUCUUUUUCUUUGAAAAGAUUGUUCAGCUGUUCUACACCAAGGUCUUUACUAAUCCCAAGGACUCAUACUCCAAAAGCACUCAGCUCGGUAUUACUUUUGCUUCUGGUUACUCUGCUGGUGUGAUCUGUGCUAUCGUGUCGCAUCCUGCCGAUACUCUCGUGUCGCUCAUGUCUAAGCCUGCCAACAAGGGAAAAUCUCUUGGUUCCAUUGCCAGUGAAUUUGGCUACCUCAACUGCGCUACCAAGGGUCUUGGUACUCGUGUGAUUAUGAUUGGUACCCUCACUGGUCUCCAGUGGUGGAUCUACGACACCUUCAAGUCUGUUAUGGGUCUUGGCACCUCGGGUGGCAAAUAAACAUUUAUUUUCUAGGUUGGUCUCUUUU